GACUGAGGGGGCGGGCUUGGCGCGCUGGUCGCCCAGACAUGGCGGAGUGCAGCAGCUGGCAGCCGCCUCGCCCCUGCGAGGCCUACCGCGCCGAGUGGAAGCUCUGCCGCAGCGCCAGGCACUUCCUGCACCACUACUACGUCCACGGCGAGCGGCCCGCCUGCGAACAGUGGCGGCGCGACCUGGCCAGCUGCCGCGACUGGGAGGAGCGCCGGAGCGACGAGGCCCAGCGAUCCCUCUGUGAGAGCGAGCGGGCACGAGUCCAGGCUGCACGGAAGCACAUCCUGGUGUGGGCCCUGAGGCAGAGCCCCCCUGCAGACUGGCACCUCCCUCUGCCGCAGGAGAAGGAUGAGUGACAAGCACCCCUGCCAUUGGCCUGUGCAGCUUCCUCCCUCGGUCUGUUUCAAAUUGCUGUUUCACAGCCCUGGGGACUGUGACUAGCCUACACAGUGUAGUGGCUCGCUGUGAGCUCUUGCCGGGCUUGGAACAUGGAGCAGGACAUUGCUAGCCCUGCUUGCUGACCCCUUACCUGCAUGCGGGGCGAUGACACUGUGAUGUUCUGCUGGACAAUUGCACUCCUCCAGAGCUUCCAGGAAGCCAAGCAUUAUGGCAGGUACUUGUGAGCAGCCAGGUCAGGCUGGGCACAGUAGCAUAGGAGAUGGCGGUCCUGAGGUCGAGGGUUCUCAGGUAAACUCCUGAAGGGUAGCCCUGCACAGGUGGGUCAUGAUGAGGUAGCUAAACGGUUGUGCCACUGUGAAUGCCUUUGCUAGUUGUUGGGAAACCGCCUGCCACCUCCCGAUUUGGUGAGCAUUGUGAGUGCUCACCCUGUGCUCUGGCCCCUCGCUUAGUUCUGCUGCAUGUGCAGGGGGGUGUGCUGAGCAGGCAGGGCUCGCUGGCCCUUCUGCACCAGCAGGCUUCUCUUCUUCGGCUCCCAGGUCGGCCCCUGGAGACUUUGGUUUUUCAGGAAUGGCGCACAGCUACAGAACACACAACCUUGCAUGAAGAGGGCUUGUGGACUCAGCUUAAGAAAUCCAAGCCCAAGACGUGGAAUUAAGGACUCCUUCCCUCAGAGUUUCCCCGGUCGUUAAUGUAUGAAAAGCCGUUUCAUUUGAUUUCAAAUAGAAGCUGAAAAUUAAAUUCACAUUUGUUAGAUUUCAUAUAUAACAGUGUUGCACCUGGACAGUUUAAGAAUUUUGUAUGCUUACUCUCUUGUAGGUGUUUUAAAAUGUAUGAAC